AUGACAAAACCGCGAAUGAAAAAUAUAAGCAAACGUUUACUAAUUUAGUGGGGAAGAAAAUAAACUAAUUGAUAAAAGUUCCUUUUAACUAACACUCCUAACCUUUUAAAGUUUAAAAUUUAAACUAAAGCAAACAGAGGUAAAAUGGCAAAUAUAACUGCAGCAGUUAUUGCUAAUCGGAACAAAAAGCAUUUUCUGGGCGUACCCGCGCCACUUGGUUAUGUUGCUGGUGUUGGUAGGGGCGCCACCGGUUUCACUACGCGUUCAGAUAUCGGUCCUGCCCGCGAUGCCAACGAUGUGUCUGAUGAUCGCCAUGCACCACCCGCUGCAAAACGCAAGAAGAAAGAAGAAGAGGAGGAGGAAGAUGAGGAUUUGAACGACUCUAACUACGAUGAAUUUAGCGGCUACAGUGGCUCACUUUUCUCCAAAGAUCCAUACGACAAAGAUGAUGAAGAGGCUGAUCAAAUUUACGAUUCCAUAGACAAACGUAUGGACGAGAAACGUAAGGAGUACCGAGAUCGUCGUAUGCGUGAAGAUUUAGAGCGCUAUCGUCAGGAGAGGCCAAAAAUUCAACAACAAUUCUCCGAUCUUAAACGCUCGCUGGCCAACGUCACCGCCGAGGAAUGGUCAACUAUACCUGAGGUAGGUGACAGUCGCAAUCGCAAGCAGCGUAAUCCACGUGCAGAGAAAUUCACACCGCUUCCUGACAGCGUGCUGGCGCGUAAUCUCGGUGGUGAAGCUACUUCAACAAUCGAUCCUUCAUCUGGGCUUGCCUCAAUGGUACCUGGUGUAGCCACGCCUGGCAUGCUUACACCAACCGGCGAUUUGGAUUUACGCAAGAUUGGCCAGGCGCGUAACACGCUCAUGAAUGUUAAGCUUUCGCAGGUUUCUGACUCUGUAACCGGUCAAACUGUUGUUGAUCCGAAGGGCUAUCUGACUGACCUGCAAAGCAUGAUACCCACUUACGGCGGUGACAUAAAUGAUAUCAAGAAAGCACGCCUCUUAUUGAAAAGUGUUCGUGAAACGAACCCUAACCAUCCACCUGCUUGGAUUGCAUCAGCACGUUUGGAAGAAGUAACUGGCAAAGUGCAAAUGGCACGUAAUCUUAUAAUGCGUGGUUGUGAGAUCAAUCCCCAAUCGGAGGACUUGUGGUUAGAAGCAGCGCGUUUGCAGCCGCCAGACACAGCCAAGGCUGUGAUUGCUCAGGCAGCGCGUCACAUUCCUACUUCGGUGCGUAUUUGGAUAAAGGCUGCUGAUUUGGAAACGGAGACAAAAGCAAAACGGCGCGUUUUUCGCAAAGCGCUCGAACACAUUCCCAACUCGGUGCGGCUUUGGAAGGCUGCUGUUGAAUUAGAGAAUCCUGAUGAUGCGCGUAUUUUACUCUCGCGUGCUGUCGAGUGCUGCAACACUAGCGUGGAGUUGUGGCUGGCGUUGGCACGUCUAGAAACCUAUGAAAAUGCACGUAAGGUACUGAAUAAGGCGCGUGAGAAUAUACCAACGGAUAGACAAAUUUGGACAACUGCUGCAAAGCUGGAAGAAGCAAAUGGAAAUAUACACAUGGUGGAGAAAAUUAUCGAUCGUUCAUUGGCAUCACUUACCGCAAAUGGUGUGGAGAUCAACCGCGAACAAUGGUUCCAGGAGGCCAUUGAAGCGGAGAAAUCUGGCGCGGUGCACUGCUGCCAGGCCAUAGUAAAAGCUGUAAUUGGUGUAGGCGUGGAGGAGGAGGAUCGCAAACAAACAUGGAUUGAUGACGCUGAGUUCUGCGCAAAGGAGAAUGCAUUCGAGUGCGCACGUGCUGUCUAUGCGUACGCGCUGCAGGUGUUCCCCUCAAAGAAGAGUAUUUGGUUGCGUGCAGCUUACUUCGAGAAAAGUCAUGGUACGCGCGAAUCUCUGGAGGCGCUGCUUCAACGCGCCGUAGCACAUUGUCCUAAAUCUGAGGUGCUCUGGCUAAUGGGCGCCAAAUCCAAGUGGAUGGCUGGUGAUGUUCCCGCUGCGCGUGGCAUACUCUCGUUAGCUUUUCAAGCGAAUCCUAACUCUGAAGACAUUUGGUUGGCUGCUGUCAAACUGGAGUCAGAGAAUGCAGAAUACGAGCGUGCACGCCGUUUGCUAGCUAAAGCACGUUCAUCGGCGCCUACACCACGUGUUAUGAUGAAAUCUGCACGCCUAGAAUGGGCGCUCGACAAUUUGGGAGAUGCUUUGCGCCUGCUUGAUGAGGCUGUAAAGGUAUUCCCUGACUUUCCUAAACUAUGGAUGAUGAAAGGACAAAUCGAAGAACAAAAAAAUCAUUUGGAUGAAGCGGCCGAGACCUACACUCAAGGUAUUAAAAAGUGUCCAACAUCUAUACCGUUGUGGGCGCUUUCUGCUAAGCUUGAAGAACGCAAGGGCACACUUACUAAGGCGCGUUCAAUACUAGAGCGUGGACGCUUACGGAAUCCGAAGACUGCAAUGCUAUGGUUGGAAGCGAUACGAAUAGAAUUGCGCGCCGGCUUAAAAGAAAUCGCCAGCACAAUGAUGGCGCGUGCAUUGCAGGAGUGCCCUAAUUCAGGUGAGCUAUGGGCUGAGGCGAUCCACAUGGAAUCGAAGCCGCAGCGCAAAACGAAGUCAGUUGAUGCGCUCAAAAAAUGUGAACACGAUCCCCAUGUGCUGCUGGCUGUUUCAAAGUUGCUCUGGUCAGAACAUAAAUUCACUAAAUGUCGCGACUGGUUCAAUCGUACGGUUAAAAUCGAUCCCGAUCUAGGCGAUGCAUGGGCAUAUUUUUACAAAUUCGAGAUGCUGCAUGGUACGGAAGAGCAACAGAAGGAAGUCUUAGAGCGUUGUGUAACAGCUGAGCCGAAGCAUGGCGAGGCCUGGUGCAGAGUGAGCAAACAUAUUAAAAAUUGGUGCUUCAAGACACCAGAAAUAUUGAAUGGCGUGGUUAAACAAUUAUCAAUACCAGUAUAAAUUUUAAUUUAAGAACUUGAAACUUUUAGAAUUUAUUGAUUAAAUCCAUACGAUGAAAUUAAAAAGUGUA